AUGGCUCAACAAGUUGGUCGAUCGGCAGUAGCCGCAUCACGUUAUGUUGGUGCAAAAAUUGAGUGGGCCCGUCUAUUAAAAUUAAGCGGUGCCAAUACAACAACUGUUUCGAAUCUUCAAGCUAAAUGGAGUCAAGCUGCUACUAAAAUGAAUGCUUUAACAGACGCUUUACCUAAAAUUGAUUUCGAAUAUUACCGAAAAAUGGUAUCAGAUCCAUCACUUGUUGAUAAACUUCAAAAAGAAUAUGAAAAUGCCCACAUUGCCUAUCCAAUAGAUACGGCUAAUCGUUUCAAAGAACUUGAUGAAUAUGCUAAAACUGAAGAAAAACGUGCCCAAGAAUUUGUUAAAUUAGCCGAAGGCGAAGUAGAAGUUUUACGUAAAGAAUUCAAUCGGUGGGACAAUGUACCACCAGCCGAUGAAAUUACUUAUGAAUUAGCUUCAUUUUACAUGCCUGAAGCUGUCUAUCCUCGUGUUUGGAACAAGGAUGAAUUCGAUAAAUUAAAAGAUGUUCAAUUCUUACCUUACGAAAAACGAGAUUCAUUACGUUGGUGGGUUGAACAAGGUGGUGAAUUGUUACCACACAAACAUGAAUGGGUUGCUCCAGAAGAAGCCACUGAUCCUAUUGAUGCUGCUCCAAGACCGAAAAAGGAAAUUGCUGAACAUGGACAUGGUGACGCUAAGAAACUCAGUGCCAAACACUAA